AUCGGCGAUUACUAUCGAGGCUGUCAGCAUUUCCAUGGAAGAUACUACAGCGGAGAGAGUUUUGACUGCCACUCCGAGAAUUGUAAGACAAGUCAGGCACACAAACACGCCCGAGGAACAAAUUGUACUUGUAAACCUGUUAUCAUAGACAGGAAUCGUGUGCAAAACAUGUUCUACACUCACCAUCCAGAUUGUGCUCCUCGUAGCUAG